UUUUCUGUCGCUCAUCCGGUUCGGAGCUGUCAGAGCGCGCGCUCCCUCCGCUUCUCACUCGCGCGCGAUGACCAUGGAGACGUCCAGGAGUUGUUUUGCGCGCAGAGAUGGACGCCUUUCCGCUGAAUGUGCUGUUGAGAUGGGGCGCAGGUGGCUCGUGUUAACGUGUUUCCGCGACGAAGUGAUGGAAGUGUGGACCGCCUACUGACAGGGCGCGCAAGUUGUUCGCUUUUUCUUUCCUGCUUCGGAGGCAGAGGACAGUUCGGCCACUAAAACAACCAGAAAGGACGGAACGUUGAAAAGAAAUCAAUCAAGAAAAUCAUGCACUGUUCGUAUCCAUGGAGAGAUGGCAUGCGUGCUCCUCUUCAGUCGACUUCUUCCCUUCUCUCACCGGCUCACCAGAACAUCCAUAUGCUUACUGUCCCUUUUCAUUUCAUAUCUGUGCUACUGUGCGCUUUUCCCUGCAGACACCAUCAUGCAAAAGUCAGGUGAUCCGACGCCCAGCUGUCAGCGCGUCCUGGCUGAUGGAGCCGAAAGGCGCAUUCAGAAAUCCCUGCCUUGCGUCUACCCGCAGGACGCGCGAGCGAGCAGCGUGGAGGCAUCUCGGCUCAAAACCGACCAAAGACCGGCUUCGACUCUCCACAUAGUCAGGAACGACACGCCCAGCCCUCCCAUGGGCAAUUUAAAGUUUGGAAAUAAAAAGUUACCGAAUGCCAUCAUAGUCGGUGUGAAAAAAGGAGGCACCAGAGCUGUUCUGGAGUUCAUAAGGAUUCACCCCGACGUGCGAGCGGCUGGCACCGAGACGCACUUCUUCGACAGGAACUACGAUCGAGGGCUGGAGUGGUACAGAGGUUUAAUGCCAAGGACUCUUGAAAGCCAAAUCACGAUGGAGAAGACACCGAGCUACUUUGUGACAAAAGAGACGCCGCACCGGAUCUCGGCCAUGUCCCGAGAUACCAAGCUCAUUGUGGUGGUGCGCGACCCCGUCACACGUGCAAUAUCAGAUUACACUCAGACUUUGUCCAAAACCCCUGACCUGCCCAGCUUCCAGGAGCUGGCCUUCAGAAACCAGAGCCUGGGCAUCGUGGACACGUCCUGGAACGCCAUCCGGAUCGGCCUGUACGUCCUGCACCUCGAAAACUGGCUCCGCUACUUCCCCCUGGCUCAGAUCCACUUUGUGAGCGGGGAGCGUCUUAUCACGGACCCGGCGGGGGAGUUGGCUCGGGUGCAAGACUUCCUUGGGUUAAAGCGCAUUGUGACAGACAAACACUUCUACUUCAACCGCACCAAGGGCUUCCCUUGCCUUAAGAAGCCGGAGAGCAGCGGCUCGCCACGCUGCCUGGGCAAGUCCAAGGGCAGAACUCAUGUGCAGAUAGACAGAGAUGCCAUCGAGCAACUGCGAGACUUCUAUAGACCGUACAAUGUCAAGUUUUAUGAAAUGGUGGGUCAUGAUUUCAAGUGGGAGUAGAGGUUUGAGACAUAUUUUUAAAUGGUACAAGAAAGGUUUCUGCAUUCCACAAAUGUUCUUUCAGAAAUGUGCUACGGCGGAUAGCGAACUACCAACAGUCUCUCGACAGUUUUCCAGUGAAACGGCAAGAGCAGUGUUAUUCUUUGAAGUGACACUAAUGAACAGAGCAAAAUCUAGGAUGGCAUUGCUUUUGCACUUGUAAUGAUCUGUUACCAGCCAGCAUCAGCAUCCUGUUUGUUCCUAGAUAUAGGCAUCAUUUCAGCUCCAUGAUCACAGGAUUUCUGUUCCUGUUACUGUGUAUUAUUGCUGACUAGAUCCCCCAUUUGCUGACUGGUUUAUUAAAAACAUGAAAUUCCAUGGAAGGGGGAUUAGUUCCUCUUAAACCUGCUUCACUAAUCAAGGCAGGACUUGAAAGCAAGACCUUGGAAAAUGUCAGUGAAGUCUUCAGGGAGCGCAGAAUUAAGCUGCAGCACUGUGGUGGUAAAUCUGAAAUGUAAAGCCAUAACGCAAGUACGAACCACCUAAUAUCACUUACUGUUGGUCUCAUCAGUUUCUAUACAGGGUGAAAGAUUUUCCCUCUCCUUCCCAGCAUGAAUCGGAUAAGUUAGUAUGUGCCGUAACAUGCAGCACAUCACUUUGUCCUCUGUGCUUUGUUAGAGUGGUCCAUGUUUAUAUAUUUUGUCUAAAAAAAAGUAUUUAAUCACUGCCUUACCCACAUGCUUGUUCAUGAUCUUCAUUAAAUGAAACAGAAGCACAAACACGCUCAUGAAAUGAAUAAUUCUGUCUCAUCUGAAACCUCCACAGUGAUGAAUUUCAGAAAAAAACGCACGUUGAAUCACUUUUUUGAUCCCUUCCU